UUGGGCCCCUACACAUUUCUGCUAGCCGCCUCUUCCUGCCACCGUCUCCGACCCUCCGCCCACCGCCGCUUCGUUUCCCGCCGCAUCGCCAAUGGCCUCGCGGCUCCGGCUCGGCCAGCCCAGCCCGAACCCCGGACCCGGCCCCAGCCCCGGCGAGGGGAAGAGAGAAGAAGGAGAAGCGAGGAAGCCGGAGCCGCGGCGAGAGGUGACGGACCUGGGCGGCGGGAGCGAGGUGGUGCACAUCCCGCGGUUCAUGGCGCGGGAGAGGGCGUGGGAGCUGUUCGAACACCUCAACAAGCGCAUCCCGUGGACGCGCCCCACCAUCCGCGUCUUCGGCCGCUCCGUCGUCCAGCCCAGAGAUACCUGCUAUGUGGCAGAUGAAGGGCUAACAGAUUUGAGGUACAGCGGCCAUCAGCCUCAUCCGCAUUCUUGGCAUGAAUUCCCAGUGCUAAAGGAUAUCUUGAAAGAGGUCCAUGAAGCCCUCCCAGGAAGCCACUUUAACAGCCUGCUGCUGAACAGAUACAAGGGAGGUUCAGACUACGUGUCGUGGCACGCCGAUGACGAACCCCUCUACGGACCUACCCCGGAGAUCGCGUCCGUUACAUUCGGGUGCGAACGUGAGUUCUUGCUGAGGAAGAAGCCUGCCAAUACAAAAUCACAAGCUGCUGGUGAAUCUGGGGAAACGGCUCCGAAGCGGCUCAAGGUCAGCGCCCCUCAGCAGCAUUCGUUCCUCCUGAAGCAUGGCUCGUUGCUCGUGAUGAGGGGCUACACCCAGCGGGACUGGCAGCACGCGGUGCCCAAGCGUGCGAGGGCGGCCUCGACGAGGAUCAACCUAACUUUCCGGCAUGUGUUGCCAUGAUCACGGCCGGUUCGCUUGGUCUCCCUCCAGUUUUGCACUUGUGCCCAUUGCGUGCAGUGUGUAGUGGGUUUCCUGGUGAUGCUUUGAACUCUUAUCCCCCCUUCCCACCUCAUGUAAUCUCUAUCAAACUUUGUUUUAAAGUAAUGGAAAUGGGAGCAGCCCGGUUCAAAAAAAUGAAGAUCACGCAAGUG